CUGACGUUCACUUUGGUUAUAGAGGAAGAACUAUUUUGUUGAGUCAAGAGAGGCUAAUUCAUUGUGGUGUCAAGGAAGUGUCUACUUGAGCAACGUUUAUUAACAGGGUCAACAGAGUCAUAGGCAACCAUGUCUCGCAGAUAUGAUUCAAGAACUACCAUAUUCUCACCUGAAGGUCGUCUGUACCAAGUGGAGUAUGCCAUGGAGGCCAUUGGCCACGCAGGCACCUGUUUGGGAAUCCUAGCCAAUGAUGGGGUUCUGCUAGCGGCAGAGAGGAGAAACAUCCACAAGCUCCUGGAUGAGGUGUUCUUCUCAGAGAAGAUCUACAAGCUGAACGAGGACAUGGCCUGCAGUGUUGCUGGAAUCACCUCAGAUGCCAAUGUGUUGACCAACGAGUUAAGGCUUAUUGCACAGAGGUAUUUGCUGCAGUAUCAGGAGCCAAUCCCCUGUGAGCAGCUUGUGACAGCAUUGUGUGACAUCAAACAGGCCUACACACAGUUUGGUGGUAAACGUCCCUUUGGCGUGUCUCUGCUGUACAUGGGCUGGGAUAAGCACUACGGCUUCCAGCUGUACCAGAGCGACCCCAGUGGCAACUAUGGAGGCUGGAAGGCCACAUGCAUCGGCAACAACAGCGCAGCUGCAGUAUCUAUGCUGAAGCAGGACUUCAAAGAGGGUGAGAUGACCCUGUCCUCAGCACUGGCAUUGGCCGUUAAAGUCCUCAACAAGACCAUGGAUGUGAGCAAGCUCUCUGCAGAAAAAGUGGAGAUUGCUACCCUCACACGAGAGAACGGCAAGACGAAAAUAAAAGUGCUGAAGCAGAAAGAAGUGGAGGAGCUCAUCAAGAAACACGAGGCCGAGGAGGCCAAAGCCGAGAAAGACAAGAAAGAGAAAGAGCAGCGGGAAAAAGACAAGUAGAGAGCCCCUGAAAAGAUCGAUGUUUAAUGGGAAAUGUGUGUUUAAUGAAUAUGUUUGGAUUGAGUUUUCUAUAAUAAAAUGUCUCGGAGCACA